AUGCGUCUGUCAACUCUUCUUCCACUGGUCCCUCUUGUGGCUGCUGCCCCUGCCACGAAACGGGAUGAGCCUGCUCCUCUUCUUGUCGCUCGUGACAACUCCACCGUUGUCCCCGGAAAGUAUAUCGUCAAGAUGAAGAGCAAUGCCGGCUCUUCGCUGAUCGGCAGCGUCAUGGACCUGUUCCCCGGCGAUGCCAACCACGUAUACCACAACGUGUUCCAGGGUUUUGCUGCCGAUCUUGACGAGACUAGCUUAAAGUCAUUGCGAGACCACCCGGAUGUUGACUACAUUGAGCCGGAGAUGAUCGUGUCCGCAUCCGAAAUUGUUCAGCAGAGCAGCGCCACUUGGGGUCUUUCUCGUAUUUCUCAUAGACAAAAGGGCUUCCCAGAAUACGUUUACGACAGCAGUGCCGGCCGAGGCGUCUGUGCCUACGUGAUUGACACUGGUGUUGAUGACCGCCACCCCGAAUUCGAAGGCCGAGCUCGCAUGGUUGCAUCCUACGUACAAGGCUCGAAUGUUGACGAUCAGGGCCAUGGUACUCAUGUUGCUGGCACCAUCGGCAGCAAGACCUACGGUGUCGCCAAGGGGGUCAACAUCUACGGCAUCAAGGUCCUCCGAUAUGACGGCAAGGGCGAGACCUCUGCCAUUAUCGCCGGCAUGGACUACGUCAGACAAGAUGUCUCGAGACGCAGCUGCCCGAACGGUGUUGUCGUCAACAUGUCUCUUGGCGGCGGCUAUUCCCAGGCCACCAACGACGCAGCUCGCAGACUCACGCAGAAUGGAUACUUUGUGGCCGUUGCCGCCGGUAACGACAACUAUGAUGCUUCGUACUACUCACCAGCAUCUGAGCCAUCUGUUUGCACUGUCGGCGGUACUGCAAAGGACGACACUCGAUACAACAUGUCCAACUGGGGUCCGGCAGUGAACAUUCUGGGCCCUGCUGUUGACGUCUACUCAACUUAUCCCAAUGGACGAACGGGCUUCAACACUGGCACUUCCAUGGCCACGCCUCACAUCGCUGGUCUUGCGGCCUAUCUUGCUUCUCUCAAGGGACAGCGUGCCGGCCCUGGUCUUUGCAGAACGAUGCAGGAUAUGGCGACUCGGGGAGCUAUUACGAACCAGCCUUCCAAUACUGUCAACUUGCUCGCGUUUAACGGCGCCACUAACUAG